AUGAAUACUGUCGAAUCGACGUCCACGAUCGGGGUACUUGUAAGGACCCUGGUCCUUGCCGGACAGCAAGCGGCCCCGGCGACUGCGACAUUUCGUCUUUGGAAGCCAACUUGGCGCCUCACGUCUUCUGGGAGAAAGGACUUGCGUGAUCGCGUGAAAACGGACCUCGACCACCUGAGAGAGUGCUGUGUAUGCAUCUCGGACGCUGAGUGGCGGAAUCGACCUGUCAGCGACCUUGGACUUAUCGAUGUGAACUCUCAAUCCGGCAGUCGUCAGGCGAAGACGAGGGCUCUCAUCUUCGAGCGCUUUGAAGUGCAGGAAGACGACGAGGACACAGCCUCUGAAACAGAAGGAGAGGAUGAAGAGGACCCAGAGUUCAAGAAGGCGCUCCGCUUGGGCAAGUCUGGAACGCCGUCCAAAAAUGCCCAGCCACGACAGUACAGAGAAUAUCAAGCGGGUCCGGCACCCAUUCUCGACGGACGUUACGCUUUGUCUCCCAACCCCGUCACCAUGCCCGUCGAGCUCUUCCAUUCCGCCUUUGCCACCUUCCUUGCUAUCGCCGGCGACGACACUCGACAGCCCUCCGAAGAUGUAAUCGAUGGGACAGUCAAGCUGAUGAAGACUGCGUCACAGAUAGGGACCAGCGAGGCUCUUCGCCAACCCGAAUCAUCGCAAAUUCUGACACAGCUUCUCGACUACCCGGUGAUGCAGAGUUUGAAUCAGAACAGAACUGUGGCAGACCAUGUUAUCGUCCAUAGUCGCUUAGUCGACCCCAAGGGAUCCGCACUGCUUUGUGUGUGCGAGGAGAAGUUGGAGAUAGGGAGCAGCGGCGAUGCCACCGUGCAGGGCUCCUUCUCGUACAUCCAGCACUGGGCUCAAGAGAAUCUGAAGGCCUUGGCGAGUGCGUGCUGUGCACCAUCCUUCAUCAUUGCUCUCUCCGGUCCCUGGGUUAUCGUGCUCGGAGCCAUCUUCACCACCCGGGCGAUCGUCCAACGCCUCACGGACUAUAUCUGGAUGGGCCACGCCCGCGAGCUGGACGACGCGCAUGCGUUCCGCCUCAUGCGCGUGUUCACGGGUCUGCGCGCGGGCAUAGCGUCGCUGCGGGAAUUCUACGAGGCCCCCGAGCUGAAACCCACGAACCGGUUCUGUCCACUGGCGACCGAAUGCACGGAGGAGAAAGACGGCACUAACACAAAGCUCAGCUUCCGCUACAUUCGCCCUCUCAAAGUAGGUGACCCGUCCAACGUCGCCUUCCUCGCCGUAGACAAUCAGGACAGCAGCAGACGGCUCGUGGUUAAGUUUGCCGAGCGCUACGGCGAAGACGCGCACCGCAGUCUUGCAGCGGCGGGCUUAGCUCCGCGCCUGCUGUAUUGCGGACCUAUCUGGCCGGACAGCCCCGCGAGGGACGGCUGUGGGUCUCGCAAGAUGGUAGUGAUUGAGUACAUCAAGGGCAAGUCCGCGCACGAGCUGUAUGGCUCGUGCGCGCUGCCCGGGGCCGUGCGCCAGGCAGCCCGCACUGCUGUCGAGCAUCUCCACAGGGCAGGCUUCGUCUUUGGUGAUCUGCGCCCACCGAAUCUCAUGAUCGAAGACGGGGAGGAAGACGAGGACUUAGAGAGGCGCACGAAGUUGAUCGACUUCGACUGGGCGGGGCGGGCAGGCGCAGUUCGGUAUCCCCUACACCUUUCGCAGGGGAUCCGCUGGGCACCUGGGGUGGCGGACUAUGCGCUAAUCACAAGGGAACAUGACCUGUACAUGCUCGACCAGCUAUCCGUACUGCGUAAUGAUGUUAUUAUUUGA